CCCCAACCCUACCGCCAGACGAGACUACUUUUAGGAGCAAUGCCUUGAAAUGGUGUCUAUGCUUUUGCCCAAUUACACAGCAUCUACUCUACCAGUCGAGUCAAUCCAAGAUGUCCAGCGAGGCCCCUGAGAUCCCUCCAACUGGAGGCGCGACUCCUGUCCCAGCACCCGCCGCAGCGCCUUCCCCAAGCCCAGCCUCCCUCCCUCAGAAGCGCGCUCUCGAGGAUGAUCACGUACCGGCUGUAUCCUCACCUCUCAACCCAGACUUCACCCCGAAGAAGCCUCAGAUUCCGGAAGAAACGCCAAUUGCCUCACGGGAAAAGCGCACCAAGAAAGAGUCGCUCAAGAAGCGCGAGUCCAAGGCUGCCAGUACCCCCGGCGGCGUCGAUAGCUCUCGAGCAACUCCGGACCCACGACAGACCAAAAAAAGCCGGCCCAAUGUUCCGGCUGCAGAAAUAUCGCCAGCACGCUACAUUCUUCCUCUUCCCAAAUCCACCGACUUCGAGCCUGCCCGUGGACCACAACUUGCCCCUCAUCACGAGGUGACCGGCCCCAAUGGCGAGAGCAUAGAGUUCUUCGAAACCCAGGAGCAUGUAUACAACAAGAAGCAGUACUACUACACCCACUGCAUCGCAGACCCCAAGUUCCCCUCUUCCUUUUACUACAGGCAGACCGAACCAGAACCCUUCGGCGCACACAUGAGCUUCGAGGAUGCCGCAACGCACCUUCUCUUUGACAAGUCCGGGACCCACAUCACGACUGACAAAGGAUGGAGAAUGUCUCGAGCAAACUUCGCGAUUAGGGAGGGCCGCUGGUACUGGGAGUGCAAAAUCACGAGGGGCAUACUGAGGGAGCCACCGCCACCAGGCUCAGACCAACCAGAAUCGCACGGCCAUGUCCGCAUAGGCUUCGCACGGAGAGAAGCCGCGGUGGAUGCACCGGCGGGAUUCGAUGCCUACAGCUAUGGAAUUCGGGAUAAGGAGGGGCAGAAGGUGCACAUGUCUAGGCCGAAGGAUUUCUUCCCACCCGGCGAGGAGCUCCGGGAAGGCGACGUGCUAGGGCUCGAGAUCAACCUUCCCUCUGAACAGAUACACCGGAAAGUGGUGACAGGCCACUUCAACCCUGCUGUUGACUUGCUGGAAGAGGCAGACAACUCGACGACUGAAGCACUCAAUAUCGUCCGCGAUCGCCUGCCGAUCCGAUUCAAAGCACAUAUCUACUUCGAGACACCCGACUACCACACCUCACCCGAACUCGAGGAUCUGAUGAACCCAUCACCGAUGUCUACGUCUGGGUCGGGUGCAGGACAAUCAGAGGGCCCCAACCCCACCCAUCGGGUUCCAUGUCUACGUACGCUCCCGAAGUCUUGGAUCAAGGCCUACAAGAACGGUGUCGAGGUGGGCACCGCAUUCACCAAUCUUUUGGCGUUCUUGCCGCAGGCGUCUAAGCCGGCCAUGGCUAAGCAGCCUGACGCACGAGAUGGCCUUGACGACGGCAUGCUCGGCUACUAUCCCGCCGUGAGUGUUUUCCGUGGCGGCGCGGCAGCCGUCAACUUUGGCCCAAAGUUUUGGUACCCACCACCGGGUUAUGAACAGCAAGGACAGGACAACGCAGCCGACGUCGUCAUGACGGGAACAGAUGAGCAGCCGACUAUCACGGCUAAGCAAGAGCCCCCCCGGGCGAUGGCAGAGCGCUAUGACGAGCAGAUCGUCGAGGACAUCGUGUACGAUAUUGUAGACGAGGUUGACUUCUGGAUGCAGGAUGGCGCAAAGGUUAUUGACCGGACACGACGUAAUGAGGCGGUCAAGGAGUUCAAGGAGGUCGUCCAAGACGUCUGAUUGAUUCGGUACAGAGAGCAUUCAUGAUACCCAGA